AUGAUUUUUAUGAUUCUUGGCGCUUCAGUUGUAAUGGCGAUAGCCUGUUUAAUGGACAUGAACGCACUACUGGAUCGCUUUCACAACUACAUCUUACCGCAUCUACGAGGGGAAGACCGCGUCUGUCAUUGCAACUGUGGAAGGCAUCAUGUCCACUAUGUGAUCCCGUACGAUGGGGACCAUUCUCUUGUGGACUCGUCGGAGAACUACUUUGUCAGUGACAGCGUGACCAAGCAGGAGAUGGACCUGAUGCUGGGGCUGCUGCUGGGCUUCUGUAUCAGCUGGCUCCUGCUGUGGCUGGACGGAGUGCUGCACUGUGCUGUCAGGGCAUGGAGGGCCAGCCGCUACUAUGACACCCCUUCCUGGUCAUGGCUCCCCUCAUUCUGUAACCUUCGAGAUCUGCGUCGACGCGCCCAGCUCAGACAGCUGGAGGACUCCACUGGCAACAUGGUCCACAUCAAGCAGAAGCUCUACCACAACGGCCACCCCAGCCCACGCCACCUCUGA